GACCAAUUAAUACCCGUGUUUGUUUCGUUGAAACUUGUUCACAUUUAACAUAGAGCAAUCCAAGAACCAUAAUUGAGAAGCGAUCUAGGAGGCUGAUGUCCUGGAAUCUUAUUAUAUUUUCUGGUAUCUAUGUUUUUUGGUGUUUUUUAAUUUAGGUGGGUGAUUUUGAAGAGACGAUAAAGGUAUUUUAAGAAAUGCAUGGGGUGUGAUUGAAAAACUGAAAAAUGAAAAAUGAAAAAUGAAAAAUGAAAACCUGCAAGGGUUUAACUAUGCAAAUGCUUUAAACUUGGAUGGAGGACUGAGAGAUUUAGGAAGUUUCCUGCUCAUGAGUUUGGAUUAAAAUAAAGUGAGGAGAGAAGUUUCCAUGAAGCAAAACUUGAAGUCAUAAAUAAAAAAACAAACAAAAACUACAAGACAAGUAGUGGGUGGGAGGAUUUAUAUAUGUUCCACAGUUGUCCCUUAUUUUACAUUCAAUUCAAUAUCCUCAACAAUAAUUUGGCAUUCUCUUGGCUUCCAGCAGUAUCACCCAAAGCAGCAGCGACUCCUCAACUCCAAUCAUGACAUUGUUGGAAAGGAAGAAAUAUGACGUGUUUGUGAGUUUCUGUGGUGAUGACACACGUAACAAAUUCACUGAUCAUCUUUUUGGUGCCCUCCGAAGAAAAAACAUUGCUGCAUUCAGGGAUAAUAGACAUCUCAACAGUGGUGCAUCCAUAGAACCCGCACUCUUUCGUGCAAUUGAAGUCUCUCAGAUUUUCAUCGUGGUCUUGUCUAAGAGUUAUGCUUCCUCAACUUGGUGCUUGCGUGAAUUGGUAUACAUCCUUCUUCACUGCAGUCAACCAUCAGAAAAACGUGUUCGGACUGUUUUCUAUGAUGUCAAUCCAUCUGAGGUACGAAAGCAAAGUGGGAGUUAUGCUAAAGCCUUUGCCAAACAUGAAGAAAAUUUCGGUCAGGAUCAUGUGAAAGUUCGACAAUGGAGGGAAGCUCUCACACAAGCAGGCAACAUCUCUGGAUGUGAUCUAGGUAAUAAGCCAGAAAAUGAAGAGAUUGAAACUAUUGUUAAAGAGAUAGUGGAGACGUUUGGUUACAAAUUUUCAUAUCUUCCAAAUGAUUUAGUUGGAAUGCUUCCUCCUAUAGAAGAAUUGGAAAAGUGCUUACUUUUGGACUCCGUUGAUAAGGUCCUGGCCGUUGGAAUUUGUGGGAUGAGUGGAGUUGGGAAGACAACUCUUGCUUCUGUUUUAUAUUGCAACAAGAAAAACUCACCUCAAUUCGAUGCAUGCUGUUUUAUUGAUGAUGUAAGCAAAAAAUUUAGAUAUUACGGUCCAGUUGGUGCACAAAAGCAAAUUCUACAUCAAACUCUAGGUGAAGAACACAUUCAGAUAUACAAUAUGUAUGAUGCAGCUAAUUUGAUACAAAGUAGACUAUCUCGUUGUAGGGCUCUUAUAAUUUUUGAUAAUGUUGAUGACAGCGAACAAUUGGAGAAACUAGCUGUGACUCGUAAAUCAUUAGCUGCAGGGAGCAGAAUCAUUAUAGUUUGUAGAGAUGCUCAUAUCUUGGAAGAGUAUGGAGUGGACGCACUUUACAAAGUUCCAUUCUUGAAUGAGACAAACUCUCUUCAAUUAUUCUGUCGAAAAGCUUUCAAGUGUGAUAAUAUUAAGAGUGAUAGUUAUGAGGAGAUGACAUAUGACAUGUUAAAUUAUGCCAAUGGCCUACCACUAGUGAUAAAAGUGUUAAGUUCAUUUUUGUACAAUCGAAGUAUCUCUGAAUGGCGAAGUGCAUUGGCUAGAUUGGGAGAAAGUCCAAACAAAAAUAUUAUGGAUGCCCUACAGUUUGGUUUUUAUGGGCUAGAGAAAACAGAAUUUGAAAUAUUUCUUGACAUCGCUUGUUUUUUCAAUGGGCGUGAGGAAAAAUUUGUUAAAAAUGUUUUAAAUUGUUGUGGAUUUCAUCCUGAUAUUGGAUUAAGAGUUCUUGUUGAUAAAUCACUUAUAAGAAUUUCAGAUGAAAAUAAGAUUGAAAUGCAUGGUGUGUUUGAAGAGCUGGGCAGAAGAAUUGUUCAAGAAAAUUCAACUAAAGUGGCUAGGCAGUGGAGUAUAUUGUGGCUCCAUAAAUAUUGCUAUGAUGUUAUGUCAGAGAAUAUGGAAAAGAAUGUUGAAGCCAUAGUUUUGAAUGGAAAUGAGAGAGAUACAGAAGAAUUGAUGGUUGAGGCAUUGUCAAAUAUGAGCCGUCUUAGAUUACUUAUACUCAAAGAUGUUAAAUGUUUAGGAAGACUCGACAAUCUUUCUAACCAAUUAAGGUACGUUGCAUGGAAUGGAUAUCCUUUCAUGUAUUUGCCAUCAAAUUUUCGGCCCAAUCAACUUGUUGAAUUGAUCAUGGUGGAUAGCAGCAUCAAACAACUCUGGGAAGGCAAGAAGAAUCUGCCCAAUUUGAGGACUCUUGAUCUAAGCUACUCUACAAAUUUAAUCAAGAUGCUAGAUUUUGGAGAGGUCCCAAAUCUUGAGCGGUUAAACCUUGAAGGAUGUGUAAAACUUGUGGAGAUGGAUCUAUUUAUUUGUCUUCCAAAGAAGCUUGUUUUCUUGAAUUUGAAAAAUUGUAGAAGUCUCAUAUCCAUACCCAAUGGCAUAUCUGGUCUCAAUUCUCUUGAAUAUUUAAAUCUUUGCGGUUGUUCCAAAGCGUUAAACAAUCUAAGGCAUUUGGAGUGGCCUUCUUUGGCUAGCUUAUGUUGUUUACGUGAAGUUGAUAUUAGUUUUUGCAACCUAAGCCAUCUCCCUGGAGACAUUGAAGAUCUAAGUUGUGUAGAAAGAUUUAAUUUAGGCGGAAACAAAUUUGUGACGCUACCUGGUUUCACUCUGCUUUCAAAACUUGAAUAUUUGAACUUGGAGCAUUGCUUGAUGUUGACAUCUUUGCCUGAGCUUCCUUCACCUGCUGCUAUCAAGCACGAUGAAUAUUGGAGUGCGGGAAUGUAUAUUUUCAACUGUUCUGAAUUAGAUGAGAAUGAGACUAAACGCUGCAGUAGAUUGACUUUUUCAUGGAUGCUGCAAUUCAUUCUAGCAAACCAAGAAUCAUCUGCCUCCUUUCGUUCGAUUGAAAUUGUUAUUCCAGGCAGUGAAAUACCAAGCUGGUUCAACAAUCAAAGAGAGGAUGGAUCAAUAUGCAUAAAUCCAUCCCUCAUUAUGCGUGACAGUAAUGUCAUUGGCAUUGCUUGUUGUGUAGUGUUUUCUGCGGCACCUCAUGGUCUAAUUUCAACAACAAAUGGACAGAAACCUGUCUUAUAUCUAAGUUUUCAUAGAGGUGACUUUGAGCUUCAUUUUAGCAUUCUAGUAAAUGCAAAUCCUAUUAUCUCAAGUCACAUGUGGCUAACCUAUUUCACUAGGGAAUCAUUCUUUGAUAUUCUGAAAGAUAUAGGCAAUAGAGCUGACGAUUGUAUCAGUAUGGAAGCUUUCAUUGUAGAUGGCGAAGGUUUGGAAGUGAAGAGUUGCGGGUAUCGUUGGGUAUUUAAGCAGGAUCUGCAAGAGUUCAACUUAAUAACGAUGCAAGCAGAAAAUCAUUAGAGUCCAACUUAAUAUCGUUGCUCGAUUUUACUUAACUCCAUUUACUCCUUUUUAAUACACAGAUGACUGUCAUGUGGAAAAAAUAAAUAAGGGUUGUAAUUAAAAGAAUUAAUAGAGUAUUCUUUGAUACACCAGUACACUUCCAUCUUCUCUCCUCAUCUUCUUCACUGCCGCAUCUACCUCUUUCUCCUCCUCCUUUGUCGCCACAAAAAAGUCAUGGAACUAGUAAUAAAAUUAAAUACUUCCGUCGCCACAAAUUGUGUAUAUAUAACUUCAUCGAUUUGUGAAAUUUCAUGGAACUAGCUUUGAUUUUUACCUUGUUUUUAGUUAGAUGUUCAAAUUAUGCAACCUUAAAUAGGACUUGAACUGGUAUACGAUGAGUUACACUCGAACGUGAACAUUCAAUUUAUGCUGGUAUAUGGUAUAAGGGAAUAUAAAAAGUUAAAUUUUGAUAUUUGUGUAUUCAUGAUUCUUUUAAUUUAUGCUGGUAUAUGGCAUGAAGUAGAUUGAGGGCGGCGGUGGCGACGAAGGAGGAGGAGAAAGAGGUGGAGGGACACCGAAGAAGAUGGGAGAGAAAAUGAAAGUGUACUGGUGUAUGAAAAAAUACUAUAUUAAUUCUUUUAAUUAUAACCCUUGGAUUUAUUUUUUCCACAUAACUGUCAUCUGUGUAUUAAAAAUGAGUAUAUGGAGUUAAGUAAAAUGGAGCAAAGAUGGACUCGGAUUUUGAAGUGAGGUGAAGAAGGGAGGAAAAAAGGAAAGCGCUAUGUGCACUUCUGUUUUGUUUUGAUUUACAUGUAUUUCUUGCUUUUGUUUUUGUUUUUUUUAAAAUAAGGUAUGCCACAUGGCACUACCCAAUUGAUCGAAAGGCAGGUGCCAUUGGCGCCUUAAAGGCACUGAAAUGCUCCCCUCCCUUCGUCCCAUAUUAGAUGACCUAG